AUGGAGCCCCUUAGAGGAUUUGAGAGUGACAUCAAACAGACCGAAUCUCUUCUUCCCGGCGCAGCAACCUUUCCUCGACCGAGCGGGCGAGUACCCUUUCGCCGCAAGCCAAUUAGUGAGAGGCAUGAGCGACUUGUCUACCGGACGCGCUUGACUCUUCGCAUUCUCACCUUUGUCCUCUCUCUGGCACUCGUGAUUGUUCUUGGUCAUGCCGUGUCUGUUUAUUACUCAUCCAAGGACAACACAAUGUUCGACAACAGCCUCCGCAUGGACGUGCGAAUCUGGCCCCUCCACAUGAAGAUGAAGCCAACGCUGUUUUUACUGGGCUCUGCAUCUGUGGCAACACUGUUGAGCGGUAUCAUCUGUGUCGGCAGUUUUUCCAAGGCUAUCCGCCGCAUCACUACGGUUUCUACGAUCAUCGCGGCCAUAGUAACAACCAUCACAACUAUCCUAUGGGUUGCAAUCGCCAUUUUUUACAAAGUUGACGACCUGAAUCCCAAUGAGCAAUGGGAUAUGAUCUCAUUUACGUGUGCCCGCCGCCAUGACGUGAAUCUAGACAAAGCGAUCGGAAACCUGGGCAGUCUGUGUCUUCAGAUGCGUUACUCAUGGUUCGGUGCGCUGGCGAUUGGAGUGCUUGAGAUCUGUAGCCUGGGUGUUCUGGUGUGGGCCUGGUGGGUGGGCAGAGCGAAGAAGAGCAGUAAUGCAAACUAUGAGAUGCUCCCACCCACGAGGGAGCAGAACAUUUCUAGCUAG